AUGAACGGCCAUAGCGGCCAGGAAAAAGGCCACGAAGUCCACACCGAGAUCGAUGUCGAUGAGCUCAACGAGGAUGGCUCCACGAAAACUCUGCUGGCCUCGAACCGUGCUCAAAUCCCAUCCACCCAACAGCUAGCUAUCGAUUUCGAUGGCUUGAGCUGGCCUAGCAAGGGUACGCGGAAGAGGAAGGAAGCGACCGAUCAGGAGAAGGAAGAGCAGUUGGCGAAGCUUUUAGGGGCCGUGAGGACAAUCUUAGAGUGCAUUGGCGAAGACCCCAACCGCGAUGGCCUUCUGGAUACCCCAAAUCGCUAUGCGAAAGCAUUACUCUUCUUUACGAAAGGCUACGAAGAGAGCCUACGGGAAAUCGUGAACGGCGCGAUAUUCCACGAAAACCACGACGAGCUCGUAAUCGUAAAGGAUAUCGAAAUCUCUUCCCUUUGCGAGCAUCACUUGGUGCCCUUCACUGGAAAAAUACAUGUUGGCUACAUACCCAACCACCGAGUGAUCGGGCUUUCCAAGCUCGCCAGAAUCGCCGAGAUGUUCUCUCGCCGGCUCCAGGUGCAGGAGCGGCUCACGAAACAAGUAGCCGUCGCCCUUUUCGAGGUUCUUCAGCCGCAAGGCGUCGCCGUCAUUGUAGAGUCCAGCCAUCUUUGUAUGGUGAUGCGUGGAGUUCAGAAGACUUCCGCAACCACUAUCACCAGCUGCAUGCUCGGCUGCAUGCGGUCGAGGGCCAACACCCGAGAAGAGUUUUUAAGUCUCAUCAAUCGGAAAUAG